GCUCUCAGCAUACAAUUUCCUCUUUUCACUUUGGUCGAGAGGAGGGGCAGAACUUUAAGCGCUGGAGUAACUUGCAGAAGGGACUUUCUUCUGUGUUUCAUUUGGAGCUUCUGAGGGGAACCAGAACAGGAAAGGACAACUUGUUCUACAUCCCCAGUUUCCUCCACCUUCAUCACCACCUGGAUGGGCUAAAGACAUCAUCCCAAGACAAUAUUUUAAUUUAAGCCUUCUUGCUUCUGACCAAAAUGAAGAAUCAGCACGUGAUAUAUUCAAACUCAAGAGUAUUUGAGUCCUCUUCAGAGUCACAGAGUCCGGCCAGUCAGGAUGAGACUCACGGUUCUAGAGAGGUUUGCCACAAAGUGGCUCUGGGGUUCCUUUGCUUACUUCUGAUGACGGCAAUCGCACUGUGGCUGACAUACAUUUUUCAGUGUAGUCAAGAAAAAUAUGAUCGAAACAACCUCUAUCAAAUCAUUAGACAAAAUAUCACCUCCUUAAAUAAAACAUUAACAAAUGAGUCACCAGAGUAUGAAGACUGCAAAUAUGAAAAGGAACAGAAGAGAUGCUGUGGGAAAACUAAUGCUGUUUUAGAUUAUGGAAAGUACACAGGCAAAUGUACUGAAGCACACUUGUUCUGCUGUGGAAUAAAAUGUUAUUAUUUCAUCAUGGACAAUAAACACUGGAAUGACUGUAAACAGACCUGCCAGGACUGCAGCUUAUCCCUUUUGAAGAUAGAUGAUGAUGAAGAACUGAAGUUUCUAAUGUACCAUCUUACUACAAACACUUUUUGGAUUGGAUUAUCUUAUCAAAUAAGCAAAAGCAAAUGGCAAUGGAUUGACAAUGGCACAUCUAAAUUGUAAGUUUUCUGAACCAUCAUGCUCUACCACUGAAGCCAGACUUGGGAGGAUUGUUUGCAAAAGUUUGUCUCUCAUUUCACAUAGCUUUUCACAUUUUCUAUGAAGCUUGAGGGUAAGGAACAGAAGCA